GUGUACAAAACCCAAGUCUCCUCACAUCCUUCAAGCCUGCUUAUUUUGAAACAACUUAGAAGAAGAAGAAGAAAUAAGAAGCUCAAAGAGAAAAAGGGAGAGAGAGAGAGAUGGGUAGGGCUCCUUGCUGCGACAAGGCUAAUGUAAAGAAAGGUCCAUGGUCACCUGAAGAAGAUGCAAAGCUAAAGGAGUAUAUAGAGAGACAUGGUACAGGAGGGAAUUGGAUUGCUCUACCACAUAAAGCUGGUCUAAAAAGAUGUGGGAAAAGCUGUCGAUUAAGAUGGCUGAACUAUCUCAGACCCAACAUCAAGCAUGGAGAUUUCUCUGAUGAUGAAGAUAGGAUAAUCUGUACCCUUUAUGCCAACAUUGGAAGCAGGUGGUCAAUUAUAGCAGCUCAGUUGCCAGGCAGGACUGAUAAUGAUAUCAAGAACUACUGGAACACCAAGCUGAAGAAGAAACUUAUAGGCAUGAUGAUUCAUCCUAAUUCUCAAAGAAAAUUACCAAACAUUUUCUCUUCUCUUCUUCAAGCUUCAUCAUUACCAUCAUCACCAUCAGCUGCACUAUCAUCAUCAUCAUCUUCAUCGUCACCGUCACCAUCGUCAUUUAAGUGCAGCAGCAGCAAUACUUGUCAUCAUACCCUAGCUGGGUCUUUCAGUACUGAAGGUUUUCCAUUUUCAAGUCUCUUGAGCAAUAAUAACAGCUUAUUCACUACUUCUACUGCAUCUAUGCUACAAAAUAAGGAAAGCUUCAUGGGUCCUUUGCAACAUUGUCAAGUGAAAGAUAGUAGCAAUCUCUUAGUAUUUGGAGGUGAAGCUAGCUGUAGCUCUUCUGAUGGUAGUUGGAACAACCAAAUCAGCCAUGCCAAAGAAUUAGGGUAUGAUCAAUAUGGUGGUGCCAGUUAUUCCUACCAUGGAGUUGAAGGGAGCCAGAAAUCAAUGGGUGGCGGUGGUGAUGGGUGGAGUGAGAAGCCAAAUGGGCUUUGGGUGGAUAAUCAAAUAGAUCAAUAUGGUCUAGAAGAGAUUAAGCAUCUAAUUAGCACUAGUAGUUGCAACAACUUUUUGGUUUGAAAAAAACAAGACAGAAGAAGAGGAAAGGGUCAUGUACUAUUGAUUGAUGCUGACAGUUGAGUAAAAUCACAAAGAUUUGAAAGGGUAAAGAAAGAAGGGCAUGGGGUUGAAAACUUUGAAGAAUUCAGAUUUCUUUUGUAGAGAUUUGGAUUUUUUUUUUCCAAUGGAAAAGGCUUCUUUGACAGUACAUGGUAAAUGUUUUCCUUUGUGCAUUUCUUUUUGAGAAAUGAUGUGUAUGUGUUAGUACUUAGUACAGUUUUUUACAGCACUAUUCAGAAAUAAAUGCCAUGGAAAUUAGAGAAGUUUAUCAUCA